AUGAACAAUUACGACCCGUCAACCGGCCAAGUCUUUCGAGAAUGGACAGUGUCCGGUCGACUCAACGCCAGCGUGAGCCAUGACUGGUCGCGGCGGCGGCCGUAUCCCCUGUUUAAAACCCGCGGCGCUCGAGGUCCGCGGUCUCUGAUGGACAUGGCGAUUAAUGUCAUUGCUGAUAACAUUGGCGAUGUAUCCGAGGAGUUGCUGGGGUCCAUGCCUACUCAGCUGGUCUGGCGCAUCUGGCGCUUUUUGGAGGCAAGAGGUGUAAGCCUCCAUGCUUGGAAACUCUUCUCGGCGAUAUUACUACGUGAGGACGACGAGAAGAGUCUUGGGCUUUAUCGGUUUCGACAGCACAUUUGUCAUCCCGACAUGGACCUUGAAAGCUACACCAGACCCCUCGCAUCGCUGACGACGGAUUUCAUCACCCAUCUUGUGCUCAGUGGCGGCUGCCACUUCCGGACAUCUGAGCUGGUCCGCUUGGCAGACAUGAAAAACCUAGGGGUGCUGGAGCUCAUCCAACCCGCGGAUGAGACGGGCGGCGACUAUCCAGAUGUGACCGACAACCUGAUCCGCGGCUGGACUGAGGCGGAGAAUCCCUUCCCCCUACUAAGAAUCCUGAGGAUCUGGGGUGACAGAUCGACUUCAAAGAGCUCUUUACGCUGGGUGGCCAAGUUCCCUUCAUUGGCGUUGUACGAUGUCAUGGGCGCAAAGAAAGGCUGGGAUCCUCCACACAAAGAGGCAGCCGAAGCCGGCUGGGAAGUAACUGAUCUCUCGGGUGGCCAGGAGAAUUCUCUGCUACGCAACUUGAUGCUCCUAGUCCCGGAUGAGCACAUCAACAAGACGCGAGACUCGAUCCGAAGCGUCGAUGCCGAUUUGGUGACGCUCUGCAGCGACUCCCAGUGCGCAAUCAAGUUCGUCGCAAAUCGGGAGGCGCCUCCUCUGCUGGACUAUCUCACAGACACAGGCAAGGUGUAUCUGCCCUCGUGGGACCCAGAUGCGGCGUCGAGACAGGCAGGGGCUUGUCACGGCAUUGCGUUUGAGGCAUGGGCCUUUUGGCUGUACUCGUUCCUUGGCCAGCUCAGCAACGACAUGGACGUGGCGAGUCAAGGUCACCCAGUAGACCAACAAGCUGUAGCUGGUCCGUUUGUACUGCCUUCGAGGCCCAUGGCUUGUGUAUUUCUGGGCCACAGCGGGCGAGGAGGCAUCACCUCGAAGCCGUCAUAUGUGAGUCGCGGCUUAUUUUCAACAGGACGGUACAUCUUCACUCGUCCGAUGAAUGCGAGCCGCUACACAAAAGAAGCGGCCAAUGGCCGAGAGGAACAGGACGAGGCGAAAGCUAAGCAGGCUUUCGGAAAUGGUUUUCGACCGUUAUCCACCCGGUCAUCGCAGAAGAGGAAGCAACUGCACGAUGUUCUGCAGUCGCUUGCUGGGUAA